AUGCGGUUUUCUAUCAUUCUCGCCGGCGCCUCUGUCUCUAUUGCGGCCGCCAGCCGUGGCCGCAAGUCCUUCGAUAAUCUGGUCGCCUUUGGCGACAGUUAUACCGACAACGGCCGUCUAGGCUACUACAUCAACAAUGGCGGGCAAGCACCUCCCCCGGGCCAGUAUCACUCGGUGUCAAACACGACGGCUAGCGGUGGUCUCACAUGGGCUCAGUUUGCGGCCCAGGAUGCUGGUGCCAGGCUCAUCGACUAUGCUGUCAGCGGCGCGACAUGUUCCAACAAGAUCGUCGAGCGUGAUUUUGCUUUCAUCGGCCGGUCAUUCCCUUCAGUGCUAGAAGAUGAGAUCCCAUCUUUCACAGCAGAUGUCAAGUUCAAGUCCAUCUUCCCUAACCGGACACCCGAGAAUACGGUGUAUGCCCUGUGGAUCGGAACCAACGACCUCGGUUUCGAUGCCUUCCUUUCUGACUCCCAAGCUCCCGGGACCACGAUUUCCGACUUCGUGGACUGCAUCUGGUCCGUCUUUGAUACCAUCUACAAGACGGGAGGCCGACGGUUCGUUCUGCUGAAUGAAGCCCCUCUUGAGCUCUCGCCGCUGUACGCACACCCGGACAAUGGUGGGACUGGAGACAGCCAGUUCUGGAACACCAAGACGAACUACAACGUCACACAGUACGGCCAAAAGAUCAAGCAAUACACUACAAACGUCAACACUAUCUUUGACUACGGCGUCCCAUUUCAAGUGGCCAUCAAGUCGCGUUGGCCAAAGGCAACUUUUGACCUCUUCGAUGUUCACAGCUUGUUGGUCGACAUUUACAACCAACCACAGAGCUUCUUGGACGCUCCCUACAACGUAACGGGCUAUUACCGCCAUUGCUCGUCGACUGGGGGUGACUGUGUCGACCAGACAGCUCUCGGUGGCCUGUCUGGUUUCUUGUGGUACGAUGAAUUGCAUCCUUCGACCAAGACAGAUGAAAUCAUUGCGGAUCACUUCCUUGAUGUUGUUUCAGGAAAGUCCAAGUACGGGACCCGGUAUGGAAGGAAAUAA